AGCACAUGAGCUGCACGUGGUCACAGGGUACAGAUAGUGCAGAUAUUAGUUGGUGUCUGUAGGGCUUUAAAUGUGUAUCAUCAGAGCUUUGUUGUGAUUUAUUUUGAAACGAUGAGUCAGCGCUGACGCCACGGGGAAAUACCGGAGUCAGAACAGAAAGUAUUUCUUGAUCUGCACAUGAGUUUAGCCUCGUUUGUCGUGUUGGUGUCCACUAACAUCCAUUUUGCUCGCUGGUCUCUGAUAAAAUGCUCCCCAAAGUGAUUUCUGUAUUUGGAUUAUUUUCCAGUUUCGUGGUUGCGGGCGAUGCGACUCUCGUGCGUGAUGUUAACACCACCAUCUUUCACUCGGCAGUCCUCGAAUGUAGCAUACAGGAUAGAGCUAUCACGGACUGGAAGAGUCUCCGAUUUUAUUGGCAAGAUGAUAGAAAUGUGGUUUUGUACUCCUAUAAUAACGGAAGAAAGGUGGCGGAGCAUGUAAACGAGCUCUAUCAACACAGAGUCACAGACUUCCCUCAGGACAUAGUCAGAGGGAAUAUCACCAUCGUACUCAAAAACCUGACUCUUGACGAUAAUGGAAGAACGUACUCAUCAUUUGCAGCAGUGCUGGACGACAGCGGGACGACGCGAUACCACCUGGAACACACACAAAUCUGUGAAAUGACUUUGCAUGUAGCUGUGCCGUACCAGGAGCCCAGGCUGGACGUUAAUACAGAGGCUAUGUCUGCAGUGUGCAGUCUGCAAGGAGGAUUUCCUGCCCCUGACAUACAGUGGGUCCUCCUCCAUAACAGCUCCCAUCAGGCAGUGGAGUCCAGGAACGUCAACACUGAAACGAAGCAGAAUGUCCACGAUCACCUGUACAGCUCCCGCAGCAUCCUGCACAUCCCUGCAGGUCGUCACGAGGCCGUGAGCUGUCUCAGCCACAACCCCACCCUGAACAGGACUGUCAAGGUCACCCACUACUUCAACACAGCAGGUGCAGCAGCGAGGAGCUCACCUGCAGCCCUAACUGUAUAUCUGAUAGCAGCUGCUGUGGUUCUUCUAACAGCUGUGCAGUGAGCAAAGCCACCCGAGGUAGAGCGAUGCAGCGUUUCGGUGGUGGAGGGGUGAAACUGUGUGCCAUGGAGACACUUCAGCGUGUUGUAUGUUGCACCUUGUCUGUGCGUGAUAUUGACGGUGCGCACACUCUGAAUCUGGGUUUCAUGGGUCCUGCUGGGUGGCACUAAGCUGGUGCUUAAAACAAAACUUGAAGCUAUAUCUGCUCAGGCUGGAGCAUUAAACCCACCACAGUGUGAAACACAACAGUUACUGGACCAUCAAACGUCAUGCUGGGCGCCUGUUUAACUGAAUGUUAUGUCCACGUGCUGUUAUGUCUUUAGAAGUGUUAUUUAAAAUAAAUCAAAGAGUUAUUUAGAUGAAAAUGAUGCUGUGUGUGUGAAUCUGGCACAUCUACAUGUUGUGGUGAAGUGUUCGUCUUAAUGUGUCUUUUUAAAUAAAACACAAAAGUAAAGACGGGUUCUACUGAAAAAUGCUAAAAAAAAUAUUCCUGCUGCAGCUGCUGAGCUCAUUUCAAACAGUUUGAACUUUAAAUUUUUUACAUCUCAAAUAUAAUCUGAUAUAAUCACACACACACACCUGUGUGUAUUAUUAACCUAAAUCAGAUGAAAUGUGUGCAGCAUGAGGGACAAAUAUUCUGGAAACAUGACUUCCUGUGUCGACCACCAGGCCCGUGUUAAACACAGGUUACAGCGUUACGUGAAAAAACUGUAUAAUACAGCGAGAGACACAAGCAAGCACAGCAAACCAACCAAACAAUUAAUCCUCCUGACAACUUUGCUGGCUUUGCUGCCAGGCGGAGCUACUAUAUCUGUUAAGGAAGAGUUUACCGCAACUCUGGGCAGAGAGGCUCCCAGGAGCAUCUCAGCAGGGCCAAGUUUAUUUAGCCCCGUGUUUGGACUUGUCACUGUUGGCCAUAACACAAACAAAGAUUACUUAUUGAUCCUAAUCACUACAUUUCAGACAGUACUGAUCACACAUGCUCAUACAACAAGUGUCACUGUUGGGUCUGUGCUUCCACAGGCUUCGCUGGUUUAGAAGCUUCUUCCUGUUAACGAAGCAAGACGAACAGCAAUCGAUCGGUUUUACUUGCUAUAGCAAAGGGAGCCGGACGGCAGCAGUCCUCUGCCCUGGUGUCAAACGAGUCCAAAGAAUCUGCUUCCCCUCACACAGUUUACACAAACACCCAUUGUAAAAAACCCUAUGGUGUCAGGCACUAGGUAGGUGUGUGUGUGUGUGUGUGUGUGUGUGUGUGUGU